AUGCGCAUUCGCCUACAGCCUCGCAGGAGACCACAAGGUAAGCGACCCCCAGGCAAGCUGCAUAUUGUCUUGUUGUCCUUGCCAGCUCACCAUCUUCAUUUCAGCAAUGAGCUAGCUCACCGGCUAGACAACCUCCCCAUCGCCGAUGCCGCCGCUGCCGAGAACGCCUCCGUGGAGAACCACUGGUGUCAACUGCGAGACACGGUCCAGUCGACGGCGCUCGCCGUCCUCGGUCGCGCUCCCCGCCAACACCAGGACUGGUUCGACGACAACGACGCCGCCAUCAGAAAUCUGCUUGCUGAGAAGAACCGCCUCCACAAAGCCUACGUAGAUCAUCCCACUGAGGACAACAAAGCUGCUUUCUACCGCAGUCGACGCCACCUACAGCAACGACUGCGCGAGAUGCAGGACGCCUGGACUGCUCGCAAAGCUGAGGAGAUCCAAGGAUACGCGGACCGCAACGAAUGGAAGAACUUCUUCUCCGCGAUCAAAGCUGUCUACGAUCCGCCGACGAAGGGCACUGCUCCUCUCCUCAGCGCCGACGGCAGCACUCUCCUGACUGAGAAGACGCAAAUUCUACAGCGAUGGGCCGAGCACUUCCGAGGCGUCCUCAACCGUCCCUCCGCCAUCGCCGACGCCGCCAUCGCCCGCUUGCCGCAAGUGGAGACCAACGUGGACCUCGACUUCCCGCCCUCUCUCCAGGAAACCAUCAGGGCAGCGCAGCAACUCUCCAGCGGGAAAGCACCCGGAUCGGACGCCAUCCCAGCUGAGGUCUACAAGCACGGAUGUCCCCUACUGAUGGAUCACCUGACUGCGCUCUUCCAGGAGAUGUGGCGUCAAGGUGAAGUCCCGCAAGAUUUCAAGGACGCAACUAUCGUGCAUCUAUACAAACGGAGAGGGAACCGCCAAGUCAGCAACAAUCACCGUGGCAUCUCCCUACUGAACAUCGGCGGGAAGAUCUUCGCUCGCAUCCUGCUCAACCGCCUCAAUAACCAUCUGGAACAGGGCCUUCUGCCGGAAAGCCAAUGCGGCUUCCGUCGUCAUCGUGGGACCACGGAUAUGAUCUUUGCCGCCCGUCAACUUCAAGAGAAGUGUCAGGAGAUGCGGACCCACCUGUACUCUACAUUCGUGGACCUGACGAAAGCCUUCGACACGGUGAAUCGUGAAGGACUGUGGAAGAUCAUGCAGAAAUUCGGCUGUCCGGAGCGAUUCACUCAGAUGGUGCGUCAGCUGCACGACGGUAUGAUGGCGCGAGUCACGGACAACGGAGCUGUUUCAGAGGCAUUCGCAGUGACCAACGGAGUGAUGCAGGGCUGUGUGCUGGCGCCAACCCUCUUCAGUCUUCUGUUGUCUGCCAUGCUGAAGGACGCCUACCGCGACGAAAGCCCCGGGAUCCGCAUCGCCUACAGAACGGACGGUCAUCUCCUGAAUCACCGGCGCAUGAACUUUCAAUCGCGCGUAUCCACAACCACCGUUCACGAACUUAUCUUCGCCGACGACUGCGCCCUGAAAGCCACCUCCGAAGCGGAGAUGCAACGCAGCAUCGGCCUGUUCUCCGCCGCCUGCGAGAACUUCGGUCUGAUCAUUAACACGCAGAGGACGGUGGUGGUGCACCAACCUCCGACCAACUCAGCCACAGCCCCCAACGCGCCGCAAAUCAGCGUGAAUGGGACCCAACUUCAAGUGGUAGAGAACUUCCCGUACCCGGGCUGUACCCUCUCCCGUAGCACCAAAAUCGAUGACGAAGUCGCCCGCAGGAUUUCAAAAGCUAGUCAAGCCUUCGGUCGUCUUCAAAGCACAGUUUGGAAUCCUCAUGGUCUCCAACUGAGCGCGAAUCUGAAGAUGUACAAGGCCGUCAUCCUGCCGACGUUACUGUACGGAGCAGAGACAUGGACGGUGUACACGAGACAGGCACGCCGACUGAACCACUUCCACCUCAGUUGUCUCCGUCGCAUCCUGAGGCUGAACUGGCAGGAUCGAAUCCCCGACACGGAAGUACUGGAACGAACGGGAAUCCUCAACAUAUACGCCAUACUGAAACAAAUGCAGCUGCGCUGGAGCGGCCACCUGGUGCGCAUGGACGACGAGCGACUACCCAAACGACUCAUCUACGGAGACGUCGCGACGGGUUCUCGCCGUCAAGGAGGCCAGAUUCGCCGUUACAAGGAUACCCUUAAGUCCUCCCUGAAGGGUUAGCAAAUCGACCCGACCAACUGGGAAGAGCUCGCCCGCGAUCGUCCGACAUGGAGGAGAACAGUGAAGACGGGCGCUGCGACCUACGAAACCAACCGCAUUGCCGUCGCCAAAGUCAAACGCCAAACACGCAAAUCACAGCUGCGCCCUCUCCACAGUCCCAACACAAAACCGCUUCCAACGUGUCCUCGAUGUCAACGGACAUUCCGGGCACGAAUUGGGCUUACUGGACAUCUUCGGAUCAACUGCGCCUCUCAAAAUGCACCAAAUGGCGUCCCUCCGCCCGCCUCUUCCUCGUCGUCUCCGCCGCCAACUAGCUCUGAGUACUCUUCUGAACCACCACUUCCAUCAUCGCCAUCGUCCUUCUUCUUCUCCUCGUCCUCUUCUUCCCCCUCCUCCCCGUCCACUGCUCCAACGACGGCCGCUCAGGCGACUGUACCGCGCGCAACAACCGACACCAUCACCACCUCCCCCGACUCCAUUGAUAAGGACCAGGACUACACCUUCCCUCACUUCGACCGCACCUUCACUUCACACAUCGGCCUGGUCGGUCACUUGCGAAUCCAUCGCACAGAGACUGGCGAACCAGUGCCUGGAGCACCAACCUACACCCACCGCACUCGCCUCCACUGCCCACACUGCCCUCGCACCUUCACGCAUCGCAUGGGCCUAUUAGACCACAUGCGCAUCCACGCGAGCAGAAUUGACCGCAACUCCGACACACCCACGACAACCAGCACAUACACCACGGCCAGUCCCACCCUCGCUCCAUCGCAAUGCUCGCCCAUCACCACCACAACCACCAUCACCACCACCACCACCACCACCACCACCACCGUCACUGCCUCCUCCGUAGCUGACACUGACGCCGCCGACCUCUCAUGCCCACAUUGUCCACGCACCUUCAUCUCACGCAUCGGCCUGAUCGGUCACUUGCGAAUCCAUCACACAGAGACUGGCGAACCAGUGCCUGGAGCACCAGUCUACACCCACCAAGCUCGUCUCCACUACCCACACUGUCCUCGCACCUUCAGGCAUCGUAUUGGCCUAUUCGGUCACAUGCGCAUCCACGACGACCUGCGGUAG